UCCAUAAUAGCUAUUGUAUUUAGUAGUUAUAUAGUUAUUGUAACACGGUCCGAAAACUGUGCAGCUCCACGCAGCUCCAGCCGCAAAUACCUGCCGUAAAGUGUGAUCCAUGUGACGUCAUUCUGUAACUUGCUUGUAUUUAUUACAAUAACAAAUGAUAACGACAUCUUUUAACAUUAAAGUUAGACACAGAUCUGAUUAAAGGUCAACAUCUGAAUCCAACUAAAUAAUGUAGCCUACUGCUAAUUAAAUUUGUCUCUUACAACUAUGAAAAUGUAACGAGUAAAACAUGUUUAAACUGCAACUAGUUUUCAUAAUCAUCUAUAAUUCAAAACACUUAACAAUUAAUAGUAAUUUAAUUGGAGUUGAAGUUGACAUUUCAUGGCUUAACAUUACAAUGCAACAUGUAUUCCUUUCUUUAUCUUCAGGGUGGUCCUACCUAUGGCAGGAAAAUGAUGACUGGGAGUCUUGCAGCUGCAGGUGUCUUCGCAUCAGAGAGUCGUGUUGGAGCUGUUUUGCGCAACAUUCACCCACCUUACCAAGGCACGAUGCCAGGAGCAAGGAACCUCAACCCUCUUCCUUACCAUGCAGCCUAUGUGGGUCACAAAAUCCACAUGGACCAAAAUGAGAAGAUUGUCAUGUUUGGCGUGACUCAUGUGCUGGCAAUAGAUGGCUUCUCCAGCAAAAUUGUUGGACAAGCUACGAUGCCUGUAAAGAACAACCUCACCAUCUACAAUGACGUUUACAGGAGUGCAGUAAUGGAAUAUGGGAUGUGGGACCAGGUCAGAGUGGAUCAUGGAAAGGAGUUCUACCUCACUCUUUUCAUGCAGGAGAAGUUGGCCAGCCACCUCCACAACACUGAAAGGCCACCAUAUCUCCAAACACCAUCGACAAAGAAUCACAGAAUCGAGAGAAUCUGGCCAGAAAUCAACAACCGGGUUAACUACCCGUUGAAAGCUGCAUUGGUCCAACUGGUGGAUCAGGAGGAGCUGGACAUGGAGGACCAGAUGACUCGGUUCUGUGUGUCAUCUUUGACAUGCCAGUUGGCCCAGAUCGGUGUUAACCGAACUGUGCAAGCAUGGAAUGCACACAGGAUUCCUGGGAGGGGGAUCCCAAAUUACUUGGCCAGAGAUGGAUGCCCAAAUAAGCUGUCGACAGACCUUUUGCCAAAUGCAUCUGUGGCUGCAGACUGGUACGACCAGGAAGUGGGCUCACUGACACGAGUGUCAGACUUUGGCACCAACCCAUUUCCAAGUUUACAGGACCAGGAAGCUGCAGUGAGGGAUUUGCUCUGCAGUGCCCUGAUACAAGUGUACUGCUGGACAAUGCAGUGAAUAAUCUGCCACAACCGUUCAAAGAUGGACUCAAAGGCCUCAUCGACAUCUCAAGGAGAAAUUGUCAACGCUGAUGUUUUAUGUGUGUCUAAGUUGUUCUUGUCUGUGCUUUUUAAUUGGUUCAACUGACGGAAUGUUUUUUUCUUUUCUUCAAAUGUUGGGGGUCUAAAGGGAGAAAUAUGUUCUUUUUGAAUAAACACUUCUGUUGUCUUCAAAGUCUGGCACGAA